CUUUAUACAUCCCCUCCACCAAUUCCACCUAUAUCCAAAAUGACCAGUUCCUCCACCACAGAUAAGGUCCCUCCCCGGACCUCCAGCCCAGCUGCCGCCGCCGCCGACUCCGAACCAGAGGCAGAGCAAGACACAACCCAACCCGCAACCACCUCCGCGACAGCAACUGCUCCAGCCUACUCUCCCAUCUACGCCACCGCAGAACCCAGCGACCUUCCAACCCAAGCAACCAAUUCCCUGGACACCCAAGUGCCAUUGACACCCGCAGCAGCCACUACCACCAUCACAACUGCCACCGAAGACCCUCCAGCUUCAUCUACAUCCCCACCACCACCCCAACCAGGCGCCCACCCUAUCCCUCCCCCGACAUCUUCCACUGACCAUCCAGCUCCAACAUCCACCACCACUACCAUCACCUCGAACCCUUCACCAACACCCCCUGCGCCUAAACCAGCCGAACCUCCUCUUCCACCAACCAUCACACCAGCACCAGCACCCGCACCCGCACCCACAGCAUCCUCCUACACCCCAACACCCCCAUCCAGCCAUACCCACCCCCAAAGCUACAGCUACAGCUACGGCAGCUACCGACCACCAACCCAAACCUCCAACCCCAUCCCUAACUCGACCACAACACCCUACGGCUCCCUCUACCAGCCCCCCACGACAGCUACCACGACGGCCACUACGACGGUGACUUCUGCGGGGGCGCAGCUGCCACUGCAUUAUGAGCCGGAUGCGUCGUCGUCGGGGAGGGUGGAUCUGGGUGAUGCGGAGGGUGGUGAAGAUGGAGUGUGGGGGUGGAUGAGGUGGGCGGAACGGAAGUUGGGCGAGGUGGAGGCGGAGGUAUGGAAGAGGAUUAAUGAGGUUCAUGAUCGGUGAUUUAGUUCUUUUAUAUAGGGGUGUUGGUUGAGGUAGGGAGGAUGUUGGGUAGGGUUGGUUUGGGGUGUGUAUGUAUGAUAUGGAUAUCUGUUGGGAUGGGUGGGCGUUGGUUUGUUGGUUUGGUUGUUUGAGUGUGUCUGAUUAGGUUACUAGUAUUUGCUGGGUUGGGAAGGGAACGGUAUAGGUUGUGCUCGGGGCUUGGAUUGGGAUGAAAAGGUGGGUGUGUUUGGUCUUGUAAACUAUGUACUACGUAACUUGUUUUUGAAUUCUUUAUGUCGCUACUUAACUGUUGUGAGUGAGAUAAACAAUAGAG